CGACAACCGGCCAUGCUGCCGUCGGCGCUGUGGUGGCUGGAGGAGUCCGGGCCGGCCCACUUCGAGGGCCUGGACCUGACGCGGCUGCGCAUGGACCAGGCCUACGUGCGCGUGCACAACGACGCCGACGAGGACCCGCUCUGGCUCUACUCCCUGUCGGAGGACUGCGUCGACUGCCCCUACCGCCGCACCGCCGAUGUGUCUGGGGAGGGGCCGCACGUCCUGACGGUGGACACGGCGCGCGCCGCCACCUGGAGGUUCUACACCAACGGCGACAACGCGACCGUGCCCGAGGAUGACCUUAGGUGGGCCGGCUGCGAGGUGCCCGCCGCCCUCGGCGAGUUCGGCGUCUACGACCUCCACGUCAACGGCUCGGACUGCAUGCUCCACACCGCCCAGCCGGCCGUCAACGUGCUCUUUCCGCUGGCGAGCGUGGCCGUGGCCCUGCUCGCCCUGGCCGUGCUCCACGGCGCCGUGUCCCUCGUGGCGUCGUGCUUCGGGCGUCGCCAGCGCCGGCGCAAGGAGGCGAGGCGGGCCGCGGCGGCCGCGCCCCCGCAGCACGUCGAGGCCCUCGGCGACUACAAGGCGCAGAUGAACGGCAACGGGCGCAAGCUGCUGGACGCGGACACGCCGUCGGCGUCCCCGUCGCCGUCGUCCUCGCUCGCGCCCUCGCCCGCCGCAGCGCCCACGCCCGCCCGGAGGAGGGUGCGCUCUCUCGACGUGGUCAGAGGGAUCAGCAUCGUGCUCAUGAUGUUCGUGAACCAUGGCGCGGGCGGCUACUGGUUCCUGGAGCACGCGACGUGGGACGGCCUGUACGUCGGCGACCUGGUGUUUCCCUGGUUCAUGUGGAUCAUGGGCGUGUGCAUCCCGCUGUCCGUUCGGCCGCAGCUCGCGCGCGGCGCUAGCCGCUGCCGCCUCCUGCUCCAAGUCAUACGGCGCUCCGUGGUGCUGUUCGCCCUGGGCGUGGCGCUGACGUCGCUGUCGACGAGCCGCCUCGAGUCCCUGCGCGUCAUGGGCGUCCUGCAGCGGCUGGCCGUCGCCUACCUGGUGGCGGCCUCGCUGGCCGUGCUCAUGACUCCCCGGCGCUGGGGGGCGGCCGCCGUGGACCUGGGCGUCGGCGCCAAGGGCCGGCGCCCCGGCGUGCUGGCCGACGUGGUGGUGCUGCUGCCGCAGUGGGUCGUGGUGCUGGCGCUGGCCGCCCUGCACGUGGCCGCCUUCCUGCUGCUCGACGUGCCCGGCUGCCCGCGCGGCUACAUGGGGCCCGGCGGCGUGCACCUGGACGGCGCGUACCCCAACUGCACAGGCGGCGCGGCCGGCUACGUCGACAGGCUGGUCCUGGGCGAGGAGCACCUCUACCAGACGCCCGGCGCGCACGCCGUCUACGGCUCGGGCCCCUUCGACCCCGAGGGCCUGCUGGGUUGCCUGAGCAGCGUGCUGCAGGUGUUCCUCGGGGUGCAGGCGGGCACCGCGCUCGUCACCUACUCGUCGUGGCGGGCGCGCGUGGUGCGCUGGUUCACGUGGGCGGUGCUGCUGGCCGCGGCCGGCGUGUGCGGCUGGUACUUCGGCGACGUGCCCGUCAACAAGAGCCUGUGGACCGUCACGUUCGUGGCGCUCACCUCGAGCCUGGCGCUCGUGCUGCUGUGCGUCGUCUACCUGCUCGUCGACGUGUGGCGCUGCUGGACCGGCUCGCCCUUCCUCUACCCGGGCAUGAACGCCCUCGUCAUGUACGCCGGCCACCAGCUGUGCUACCGCCUGUUCCCCUUCCACUGGCAGCUCGGGCCCAUGAACACGCAUCUCAUGCGGCUGCUCGAGAACGUCUGGGGGACGCUGCUCUGGAUCCUGGUCGCCGUCUUCCUCUACCGACGCAAGGUCUUCAUCUCCGUUUAAAGUCGCGUCGCGGACUCUUGUGAAUAGUUUUUCCUUGUGUAUGUGUGAGAGCGUGUGUAUACGUGUGUGUGAGUGUGUGUGUGGCUAUGUCUUUCUGUCUGUGUGUGUGUGUGUGUAUGUGUCUGUGUAGCGCGAGCGGUGAGCCUGCGUUUCUGUAAAUAUAUUAAUGUAUACUUCACACGCUGAAAACAGUACUGCUUUCCUGUGUUUCAUGCUGUACCUCGUUUCAAAAAUAGGUAUACAGGUACAGAAACGUAAAGAAAAGCAAAUGAUGCAGUAAUGAUGAUACUAGUGUCCAAAUACAAAAUAAUAAUACUGAAAAAAAAAGAAUCACCGUACUAGUAACUUUUGAAUUAAAAUACGGCGCAGCGAAUGAAACGCAUUGCGAAGUUCGCUUGCUUGAUUAUACAAAUUGUAUUUGGCAGCUGUUGAAAAGGACGGCUGCCUGACUGAAAAUAUUGUGUAUUAGUGUAAUAAUCUUAGUGCCAUGACAAGAUUGGUGACGUGAUUGGUUUUCCUUGCUGUUGUUUCGCUGUUUAAUAAAGAAUAUGUCAAACAUCGAUAAA